AUGUCAUUAUUUACAUCAGGAAAUCAUAAAAGUAAUUUAGUUAACUUUACAUUAUUAUAUACAACUCAAAGUACUAAAAUUAAAAAUUUGAGUUGGAAUUUAGACGUAGUUAUGGAAUGUCUUAAUCAAAUUUACUAUUUAAAUGUUGAAAAUGAUGCGAUUCAAGAAUCAAAAUAUAAAAAAAUUAGAUUUAGUGAAUCAUUUGAGAUAAAAAAUUGGUCUGUUUAUUACGGAUCGAAUAAGAUUAUUGAUAAUAUCAAUUUAAAAAUAAACAAUGGAGAAAAGGUAGCCAUAGUUGGUAAAAAUGGUACCGGAAAAUCUACACUGCUUAAGUCGUUAUUGGGAUUUGCUAGAUCAACAGGAGAAUUUUAUAUUGAUAAAAUGAAUAUUAGACCAUUUCCAAAUAAGGAAAUAAUUAAAAAUAUUUCAUACAUUUCACAGGAUGAUUUCACUAGUGAUGAUACAGUUAUUAAUAACAUUCUUCUCGGACUUAAUAUGAGAAUGGAAGAUGUGGACGUUUAUGAAAAAGAAAUGGUUUUAAAGAGGGUAAGACUGGUAGCUAAAAAAUUCAAUAUAGAUGAUACAUUUAUGAAUCUAAAAAAUGGAUAUUUUACUAAGGCUGGUUCAAGAGGAUCCAAUUUAAGUAGCGGAGAAAGACAGAAAAUAGCUAUAUUAAGAGCCUAUUUAAAGAAUGCCCCGAUAUUUAUUUUUGAUGAAGCAACAAGUGUUUUAGAUAAAAAAUAUGAAAGUGAACUAGUUAAAUUGAUACUUAAAAAUCUAAAGAACAAAGUUGUAAUUAUGAUAGUUCAUGGAACAGAUCUUUUAAAUUUAUUUGAUAAACUAAUUUUUAUAGACAAUAAAAAGAUAGCAGGGGUAGGAGACUAUAAAACUUUAAUGGACACCAAUAAAGAAUUCAAAUCAUUAUAUAAAUAA